AUGAGAAAUAACGUUGGUAAUACUGGAGAUGGCGGUGGACAUAAUACUGAAGAUGGUGGUGGACAUAAUACUGGAGAUGGUGGUGGACAUAAUACUGGAGAUGAUGGUGGUGGACAUAAUACUGGAGAUGGUGGUGGUGGACAUAAUACUGGAGAUGGUGGUGGUGGACAUAAUACUGGAGAUGGUGGUGGACAUAAUACUGGAGAUGGUGGUGGACAUAAUACUGGAGAUGGAUGGUGGUUGACAUCCUAUUCAUAUACUUUCUCUUUGCACAAAGCGUGA